GAGACACUCCUCAACUGCUUUGGCAUAUUGUGAGCCUAGAGCAGAGGGACCUUCUAUCUCAGCACCAUGAAGCAAAGUGCCAUUCUUAUUUUCUGCCUUAUCGUUCUGACUCUGAAUGGCACUCAAGGAAUGCCUCAAGCUAGAAGUGUGCGCUGUGUCUGCAUCACAAUUAGUAAUCGAUCUGUUAAUCCAAGGUCUUUAGAAAAACUUGAAAUUAUUCCUGCAAGUCAUUUUUGUCCACAUGUUGAGAUCAUUGCCACAGUGAAAAAGACGAAGGAGAAGAGAUGUCUGAAUCCAGAAUCUAAGGCCGUCAAGAAUUUACUGAAAGCAGUUAGCAAGGACAGGUCUAAAAGAUCUCCUUGAAACCAGAGAGAAGCAAAAUCACUGCAGUGCUGAUAAGGAUGGGCCAUCAGAGAGGCUGCUGCUCCCAUCACUUCCCUACGUAGGGUACACAUCAAGCCCUGACGUUCCUAGUUUGCAGUUCCUCUAAAAGGUGACCGGCAGUUACCAAAAAAGCUGCUACUACUCCUGCAGGAAGGCAGCUGAUUCGUCACCCUGAGCUGCUCAGUAGUAGCUCAGCCCUGGACCUGGACUGUGAGCUCAGCCGAGGCGCCACACAGAGAACCAAGUGCCAAGUCCCACUCCUGCUACUGACACUCUCCUUACCUCUCCUCUCUCCCAGAGUCAUUUCUGCUUCUAGGUUUAUCAGUGUUCUUAGAAUCUCAAACAACUAAAAGAUAUGCAAUCAAAGUGAUAAAACAAUCUGCUUUUUAAACAAUAAUCUUUACUCCAUGUAUUUCUACUGUCAUUCUCCCAAAGGGCCCUAUAGUUUCAGGGGUUACAUACACAUAAUUCCAAAUACAUACAGGAAGCUAGAAAUGUCUGAAAACGUGUUUGUAAUAUUAUUUAAUGGAAGACUGUACGAAGUAGAAUUCUUAGAUGUUUAUGUCUCUUAUAUUUUUUCUGUGUAUGGGAUAGCUUGUAAUUUAAGUACUGUAUAUCUAUGAGUAAUGGGGAAGAUUUUCAUCUAGAUAUAUGCUCUGUUAUGUUAUAUAAGACAAAUGUGUUGGAUGGUUUUCAAAAUAAAAAUGAUGUGUUUCCCCAGAAAUAUUAAGAAAAAUUAACAACUGAGAAACCAAAAAGAUAAUAAAGUAAUUAUAGCUAA